GAAGUGCGGGUUUACGCUGCGGCGGGGGCGAGGUGGGUGCGUGGUGACGUGGCGGCACCGGUUCCUCCAGCCGUGCGAGGCAGGCAGCGGGGGACCCACGGGUACAGCUGCGCAAGACCAUGGGGGCUCAAUUGAGCAGCGGCCAGGGUAACCCGGAGCCGGCGCAGCCCCAGCCCCAGCCUGCGGCACCAGAGGGCCCAGUGCAACCCCAACCGCGGCCUCAGCCCGAGCCCAGCCCGUGGGGACCGCUGGACGACGUGCGCUUCCUCAUCGCCUGCACCUCCUGGUACUGACUCGGCGUUCUCCGGAGGAUGCCGCCCGCCGCCGCCCCAUGUUCUCCUUGCCAGUGUUCGUGUGUCUUAUGCCCUUCUCCCACACUCUGCGCACUGGGGACUACAGAAGUCAAAGGGGCUGCUAAGGAUUAGAAGUCCCACUGGCAAGGCCGUCUCCUCAGCCUCACUCCCAGCCUGCUUCUCAUACUGCUCCCAAAGCUAGCUCAGAUCCUCAUGCUUACUCUAUCCCCUUCUCCAAUUGUCUGGGUCCUGGGGCAUCCCUCCCUGGCCCUGGUCCAGUACCAGGCCAGGGAUUCUGGGAAGAGCCUGAUGCUGCAGAUCUCCUGACCUCAUCUUCCCCUUAUCACUGAGAACCAAGCUCUUAUCUGUUUCCCAGGUCAUGGCAUCAUGGGCCUUGACGUCAGAGGUGUCCUUGCUACAGUGAACCUCCCCUACUCCUGAGGGUAGCUGUGCCCUAUCCUGGUAUCGAAAUGAAGCAUCAUCCGGCUGUAUUUCUGGGCCCCCGGUAACAAAGACUGCCAGGGUCAGCCUUUUGGAGACAAGGACAUCUGACUGCUGAUUUGGCAGAUGAGAUUCGUGGGGCAGCUACAGACACUUCAGAGUACCCUGUUCUCCCAAAAUAUUCUCUAAGUUCGUUCUUAGAACCUGAUUUUUGUCCCCACAUCCCAGGAAAAUGACACACUCUGUAUUUCUGUUUUAUUUAGAAAUGAUUUAAAAAACAUUAUACAAAGGCUGAUCAGUUUAAAAUGUGACUGACACUGAAAUGCUGUGAAGUCCCCCAGGCUGAGGAGAAGCUGGGGUCUGAGGCCCCCAGUGCUUUGCCCCUCUGUCUAUCUGCCCUGUCCUGGGGUGAUGGACAAACAGAUGACCACAGGCAGGAGAAUCUGAGAUUGGAAGCCUCUAGGCUGAGCCAUCUCUGGGACUGGCUCCACAUCCCUCACAUCUGCAGCCUGGUCUGCCUGCCCCCAUCUCCUGCUCUUUCUUGGCUGGCCUAGGUAGUACCAGGAGUCAGUAGGGAGCCUGGUGGGAAGCAGGGGGUGCCUAGAGCUUUCAAGAAGUGAGAGCACCAACCUGAGGAAUGGAGAGGGACCAGGAAGAGAUGGACAAAGGAGAUACUUCUAAUCUCAUCUCAGACCCUAGAGGAGUCCACAGAUGGGGACACAAGACCCAGCCAGCCCACUGGAUGGCCUGGGCAAGUAACAGAACCUCUCUGUGCUUCAUCUGAGGGCAUGAUGAGUUACCCUCGGCCUCCCAGGGCCUACACGAGUUUCAUGUGAGUGGACAGGUGUGAGCUAAUAAAGUGCUUUGCAAAGUAUAAAA